AUGGGAAAGGAGGUUUCAAAGCUUGAUCACAAUUAUUCAUCUCUUAACACUAAGGUAGAUAUUAUUGUUGCUGUUGUGACUAAGGUUGUUGAAUCUUACACUUCUUUACUUCCCAAAGUUGAUAAAAAGUCUGAGUCUGAUACACAAAGUUUUGCAAAAUUGGAAGAACUCUUGGGCAAUUUGACAGAGUUAGUUUCGAAACUUGGGUGUUUUUCAAGGUCUUUGAUUACUCUAGAAUCCUUAUCUCAAAAUAUUUUGUCGUUGGAGUCCACACUCACGACUGAAUUGGCCCUACUUAUGAAACUUGUUCAUCUAAUGCCAACUGAUGCCCCGCCUGAUCACACAUGA